GCUCAAGGAGUUUUGCCCUGGUUGGAAGGUGGCAGGCCGGUUGUCGUGAUGGUCGAGCAGCAGCGUGCCUUAAAGAGGCUCCGGCUCGUGAAACUGCUGAGCCUUGCUGCGUGCUUCGCACAGGGCCUGCUUGCCUUUGCGUUGGGAAGCUCUCCUUCGGUUAGAGGCUCACGGGUGGCACGCCGAGCUCAAGGACAGCCAGACCUUCCAGAUGCAGGGAUUGCCGUGGUUGAAAAGGUCGAUAGAAAGACGCAGAUGAAGGAGCAGUUUGAGAAAGAGAAAUGGUGGAGAGUGCUUCUACAUAACGAUGACAUCCACACCUUCGAGUAUGUCACCAACUGCCUGGUGAAGGUUGUCCAGCACCUCUCACGGCGAAAAGCAUAUAGCAUUACCUGGGAGGACCGGAAGUGA